GCUGAGCCUCCUCGGCGGGCCCGGCCUCGGCGCUGGGCAUGCUCAGUGGGCCGGACCCGGUGGAGCGGCGAGCGGCACAGGCACCAAGAUGUCCAACCGAGUGGUCUGCCGGGAGACCUCAGCUGAACGCCCAGCUAGAAGGUUGGCUUUCACAAGUACAGUCUACGAAAAGACCUGCUAGAGCCAUUAUUGCACCCCAUGCAGGAUACACGUACUGUGGGUCUUGUGCUGCCCAUGCUUACAAACAAGUGGACCCAUCUAUUACCCGGAGAAUUUUCAUCCUUGGGCCUUCCCAUCAUGUGCCCCUGUCUCGAUGUGCACUCUCCAGUGUGGAUAUAUAUAGGACUCCUCUGUAUGACCUUCGUAUUGACCAAAAGAUAUACGGAGAGCUAUGGAAGACAGGAAUGUUUGAACGCAUGUCUCUGCAGACAGAUGAAGAUGAACACAGUAUUGAAAUGCAUUUGCCUUAUACAGCUAAAGCCAUGGAAAGCCAUAAAGAUGAGUUUACCAUUAUUCCUGUACUGGUUGGAGCUCUGAGUGAGUCAAAAGAACAGGAAUUCGGAAAACUCUUCAGUAAAUAUCUAGCGGAUCCUAGUAAUCUCUUUGUGGUUUCUUCUGAUUUCUGCCAUUGGGGUCAAAGGUUCCGUUACAGUUACUAUGAUGAAUCCCAGGGGGAGAUUUAUAGAUCCAUUGAACAUCUAGAUAAAAUGGGUAUGAGUAUUAUAGAACAAUUAGAUCCUGUAUCUUUUAGCAAUUAUUUGAAGAAAUAUCAUAAUACUAUAUGUGGAAGACAUCCCAUCGGGGUGUUAUUAAAUGCUAUCACAGAGCUCCAGAAGAAUGGGAUGAACAUGAGCUUUUCCUUUCUGAAUUAUGCCCAGUCAAGCCAGUGUAGAAGCUGGCAAGACAGUUCAGUGAGUUAUGCAGCUGGAGCACUCACAGUCCACUGAAGCUCCGACCCUCAGGGACACCACCUGCACAGACUCUACUCUGUCCAGGGUCCAGCCUAGCCUUUACCACGAUGGUGGUUUUGGUGUGGGGGGACUCUGAAACCUCAGACUAAUAGAACUCUCUUCUUCUUUUCUAGUAGGUGUAGUCCUCCUUAAUUUCAACUCAUUUAAAAAAUGCUUUAUAGUUUGGGGCAGUGGAAGGAAGGCUGGAAUCAAAAUAUUUGCCCAAUUGGCACACAGUGACUUAUAAAGCAUUUAGCAUAACUGAAAUUUGCACUCUUUGCAGACUCAUGCACAUAUAUUCCGCUUUCAGAAUAGUUUUGCAAAUUGUACACAGACGAAGGGUGGAACCAUUUUAAUAAAAGAAACUGCAUUUAUAAAUGAUCUGUAUUAGAAUAUAAGAAGUCUCCAGUUAUAGAUGAUUACUACCCAUGUUGUACAACAGAUACCUUCUAUUUUAGUUGCUAAUAAAGGGCUACACAACUCAAAA